GAUUACAAUCCUCUCAUUUGCAUAACACCCUUAUAAAUAGAGGGGCAGGCGCCAUUUUCACUGUUGCUGAGUUGCAGUGAAGAUCUUGAAAAGAAACUUUUAAGGAUGCCUGAGCCAGCAAAAUCCGCUCCAGCACCCAAGAAAGGCUCGAAGAAGGCUGUCACUAAGACCCAGAAAAAGGGUGACAAGAAAAGAAAGAGAGCGAGGAAAGAGAGCUACUCGAUCUACGUGUACAAGGUGCUGAAGCAGGUGCACCCCGACACGGGCAUCUCGUCUAAAGCCAUGAGCAUCAUGAACUCGUUCGUCAACGACAUCUUCGAGCGCAUCGCCGGCGAGGCGUCGCGCCUGGCGCACUACAACAAGCGCUCGACCAUCACGUCGCGGGAGAUCCAGACAGCCGUGCGGCUGCUGCUGCCCGGCGAGCUGGCCAAGCACGCGGUCUCCGAGGGCACCAAGGCGGUCACCAAGUACACCAGCUCCAAAUAAGGUGUUAAACUAUAUAACCCAAACGGCUCUUUUCAGAGCCCCCAAGUUUUCUUAUAAAGAGCUGCAAUUGCAGGCUUUUUUUUCC